AUGUCAGCGGACGAGGACACCUUCGACAUUGACAUCUAUGGAGAGGACACUGCACCUCAAGAGUCUGGUGAUGCCAAUGGAUACCAAGAGAAUGGAGCAGAUCAGAGCUACGACCAGAACUACCACUACGAUCCCACCCACACAGACCAACAACCGACAGAGCAAACAGACGAUCCGUCUGCAGAACAAGCAGUAGCCGGAGACGAAGGCACAGCGCAACAACCCGACCAGUCCGCCACCACAGCGACCGCACCUCAAUACGGUACAAAACGCAAAGCUCCGCCCGAAGAAGACGACAACGACCUCUACGACGGCGAAGCAGACUACGACUCCUACAACCACCAAGCCGAGCCCUCAAUCAAGACCGAACCACAAAUCAAAACCGAGCCCAACGACUCCCGCACAUCCGCGACCCCAUCCACUCGCCCGCUCUCGCCCAACUCUACCCCAGCCCUUCGCCUCCAGAACCUCGACUGGUGGACCACCGAAGACGACCUCCGCGCUUACCUCUCCCGCGGAGGCGUCGAAGCGAGUUCGCUGCGCGACGUCAGGAUCGCAGAGCACAACCAAAACGGCAAAAGUAAAGGCGAAGCUUACCUCGAGCUGUCGACUGCCCAGGAUGCGUCGGCUGUGAAGCAUGAGAUUGAGAAGGCGAAUCGGGAGGGUCAGGAGGGAGGGGGGAUGAAGAAGGCUGUUAUUGGCGUUGGGUACACAGGAGUAGGAAACCCUUAUAAGGGCGCGGGCGAGAAGUUCGCAUCUGCCAGUGGGCGAGGCGACAGAGGCGGUCGCGGCGCGUAUAACAACUACAACAAUCGAGGUAGUUUCGGCGGCAGAGGCGGUGGUUUCCAACAAGGUCGAGGCGGGGGAUAUGGGCAGCAGCAGGGCAUGUAUAACCAACAGAACGCUCAUCAGCAGUCUCCAGUCAACGCUGGUGGGGGCUGGGGCAUGAACGGCAACCCCAACGGCAAUUUCAACGCCGCCGCCGGCUUCGGGGGGAAUCCCAUGAUGGGCGGGAUGGGUUUCCCGAAUAUGGGGAUGGGGGGUAUGGGCUGGAAUGGGAUGGGGAUGAACAAUCAGGGUGGGAUGAUGGGUAUGGGUAGAGGGGGGAACAUGAUGGGGAUGGGCAUGGGGAUGCCGGGGAUGCAGAGGGGCGGGAUGAUGGGCGGGAUGGGUGGGAUGAACGGGAUGGGCCAGAUGGGGAGAGGGGGGUGGGGUGGCCAGCAGGGGUAUGGCGGUGGUGGUGGAGGGAUGGGUGGGCAGGGGAAUAAGAGGCAAAGGAAUGAGUGA